AAUCUAGCCACUUUAACAAAAUGAGAAUACAACUGAAGGGUGGUGUUUGGAAAAAUAGCGAGGAUGAAGUCCUCAAGGCCGCAGUGAUGAAAUAUGGACUCAACAACUGGUCCAGGGUAUCAUCACUGCUGGUCAGGAAGUCAGCAAAACAAUGUAAAGCCAGGUGGUACGAGUGGCUCAACCCGUACGUCAAGAAAACGGAAUGGUCAAGAGACGAGGAAGAGAAGCUGUUACACCUGGCAAAGCUGUUCCCAACGCAGUGGAGGACUAUAGGUCCCAUGAUAGGACGUACAGCACACCAGUGCCUGGAGCAUUAUGAACGACUACUAGAUCAAGCCCAAGGGAGGGACGAGGAUGAUGAACUUGACCCCCGGAGACUUAGACCAGGGGAAAUCGAUCCCGCUCCAGAGACUAAACCAUCACGGGCAGAUGCAGUUGAUAUGGACGACGAUGAAAAGGAAAUGCUAGCAGAAGCACGAGCACGGCUGGCUAAUACACGCGGUAAAAAGGCAAAACGAAAAGCAAGGGAAAAGCAAAUUGAACAGACACGGCGCUUGGCAUCAUUACAAAAACGCCAUGAACUAAAGAAAGCUGGUGUGAAUGUAGGAGCACUGAAGCUACAUAAAUCUAUUAUGGACUACGUAAAGGAAGUACCAUUUGAAACACAACCGCCCAAGGGGUUCUAUGAACCUGAAACCGGUCAUGAAAUAGAUCAAUCGCUGCGCAGUAUACAGCAAUUAGAAGGUAAACGCCGUGAUGAUGAGAUGCGCAGAAUGCGCAACGACGAUGCGCGCAAGUUGAAACGUUUACAAGAAGAGAAUAUAGGAGAGGCCAUGGCAGUGUUCCAGAAAUAUGAUGAACAUAGUGCAACGAGAACACGAUUAGUCAUGCCAGCACCGACGAUGACAGAUGAAGAGAUUGUGCAAAUCGUUAAAAUGGGAGCUGAUGUACAAAUGUUCGAGGAUAAUGUAGCGGCUUCAUCAGUGGCAAGAACACCCAUGACAUCGAUUAUGGAAGAAGCACGUAUGGCAGCAGCCUCACGAGGGCUGCAGACACCACUAUUAGGUGAAACCAAUGUAACGCAACAUACAAAUGACACUGAAUUCAUAGCACCAGCCACGCCGAACCCAUUGAAGCUAGUGCCCAAAACACCAGCCAGUAUAUUUACCGGCAAGUUCGGGAGUGUGGAUCGCAGUAAAUAUAGCGAAACGCCAUCAAGUACCAUGCCAUACGAUGAUGACGAUCCCAUAGGAGCAAGUGCACGCAUGGAUAUGGCGAGGCUACACGUAAAAGCAAGUAUAUCAAACCUGCCGCUACCGGAGUCACAAGUGGAGAUUACACUGGAUCCAAUGGAUACUACGGAACUGCCACAAGAACUGGAAGUCGAGCCCGACCAGGGUGAAGUUGAAACCCAGCGGAUACGGCAUCAUCAAGAUACCAAUGAAGCUAACCUAAGCUCAGUUAUACGCAAAAAUGUAGAACGACCCCUGAACUACAGCCAUGUAGUCUUCGCAAAGGACUUGGAAAUUACUCAGGAUCCGUAUACAGUAAUGGCAAAGGAGUUGAUACACCAGGAAUAUACCAGGCUCAUACAAUGGGAUAGCAUAGAGCACCCAGUGCCAAAUGGAAAACCAUGUCUAGAGCAAGUACCACCAAAAGAUAAUAUAGACCCUGGAUAUAUAAAACUCGCGGAGCAUGAAUUGAGCAUGGAGACCACAAAGCUAAGGAACAUGCUAGGGGCACCUGAUGAACCACUGGAUAUAGACAUAGAAAGGAAACUUAUCGACACCUUUGCAUACUGUAACAAUAAGAAAAGCUAUGUACCACAAGAAAAACUGCAACUAACAGAACAAAAACAAGCCAGGAAUAUACAGUGUACAGCCAUAGCAAAUGAAUUGAAUUUGUUAACUAAACAGAACCAAACACUUGAAAACAAGUGUAAUAUCGCAACAGGAGGAUAUAUCAAAAGACAAGAGGCACUACUCAAAAGUAUAGCGGAAUUACAUGACAAGAAUGUAAACCUAGAAAACGAACUAGCAGCACAUACAGCAAUGAAAAAUAAAGAGGCGGCGUCAGCAGAAGGACGUAUAACAUUCCUACUGGCACAAAUACAAAGGGAACGCGAGUUCAACGCACAGUUGCAAAAACUCUACGGAAGACUAGUAGCCGCAGAUGAUAGAAAUAACAUCGCAUGAUAUAUAAUGUACACACAUUUUUUA